UUUUUUUUUCUGCUUCUCCUUCUUGUUUCCUUCUCCUCUGCAUCCAGGGAAAAGUUUGAAGACUCUUAUGUCCAAAGGAAUCUUACAGGUACAUCCUCCAAUCUGUGAUUGCCCUGGGUGUCGAAUUUCGUCUCCAGUGAACCGGGGUCGCUUGGCAGAGAAGAGGACGAUCCCCCUGCCUCCCACCAGGAUCCCGAAGAAAGAGCUGACCUCAAUUUUCUCACAUAGUGACGACAGUGAAGAGAGUGACAAGGGCAAUGGUCAACACCCCGAAGUAAAGCAGGAGGAGGAUCUCCAUAUCAGUAUCAUGAAAAGAAGGAUACACACCCACUGGGAUUUAAACAUCUCCUUCCGAGAGACCUCUUGCAGCCGUGAUAACGACCUCUCCACUAUCAUCUCCAACCUGCAUCAGAGUCGUCAGCUCGUUAUGCCAGAGACCCAGAGCCGCUGUGAAUUCAAGAGGAACAGCAUCGACGUUGGCUUGGGAGCAGCAGAAAACUCCCACACGCCUCUGCUGGAGGACGCGGUGACUCAGAUGACCCCGGAGGAGCACUACAGGCGCAUGAUGUCAGCGCUGAACGAGCACGGCACGUUCGAGGAGCAGCAGCAGCAGCGUCUCUACCAGCUGGCCAACAGCAUGGCAGUGCCCAGCCACGGAGAUCUGCUCCGGGCUCGGCAAGAGGUGGCGGCGGCGGCGGCAGCGCGCAACCCCGGCGCGAUGGAAGCGCACAUCCCCUCGGGCAGCAACUCGUCCAGCCAGCGGAGGAAGCAGGGGCUGCCCCAGCACAGGGACACCCACUUCCCCGAGAGGGAGAUAUCCCACCCGCCGCCGCUGCUGUCGCCCCAGAACGCGCCCCAUAUCGCCCUGGGGCCCCACUUGAGACCUCCUUUCCUCGGGGUGCCUUCGGCCCUGUGCCAGACACCAGGUUACGGGUUCCUCCAGCCGGCACAAGCAGAGAUGUUUGCACGGCAGCAAGAGAUGCUCCGAAAGCAAAACCUGGCAAGGUUGGAGAUGUCGGCCGAGAUCAUCCGCCAGAAGGAGCUGGAGAACCUCCACAGGCAGCGGCUGCUGGCCGGCGACCCUCUGAGCCUCCACCCGGGCUUGCCCCCGGACCACCCGGCCCUGCGCAACGUGCACGACAUCCCCGAGGGCCACCCGCUGCGGGAGGAGCUGUCCCGGCGCAACGCCAUGCUGGUGCUGCGGCACAACAACGCGCCCCUGCUGUCCCUCAACCCCGGCGUCCCCAGCAGCGCCACGCCGCCCAAGGAGCAGCCGCGGCGGGGCAGCAGGAAGGCGGCUCAGCACCGCGCCGAGCCGCAGGGGCCGAGCGAGGCCAAGGAGCCGGCGGAGCCCCGCGGGGCGCGGGACGGGGCGCCGGACUGUAACGACGAGGAGAUGAAGGACUCGGAGAGCGACGCGGACGUGAGCGACGAGAAACCGGAGAGCCUGAAGGCUGAGAGCAGCGGCUCGGCCGCGGAGCUGAAGGAGUGCAAGGAGACGGGCAAGGGCUGCGAAGGGGCCAAGGAGCUGGGGGAAGGGGCCGCCGGCCCAACCGCGCCCUGCAGCUCGUCCAGCGCCGAGUCCCCCAGCCACUUGCUUGGGCCGGGCAUCAACAAAAGCGAGGUGAAGUACCUGCCGCCAGCCUCCAUCCCGCCGCCCCAGCCGCUGCCCUUCGGGUUCCCCUACACGAUGAGCCCGUACUUCCACGCAGGCACCAUGGGAGGUCUGUUUCUGGAUGGCGAGGAAAGCCCCGCGCUGGAAGACAUCAGCAAAUGGACAGUGGAGGACGUGUGCAGCUUCGUGUCCAACCUGUCGGGCUGCACCGAGUACACUCAGGUAUUCCGCGAGCAAGCGAUCGACGGCGAGACCCUGCCCCUCCUGACGGAGGAGCACUUGCUGAACAACAUGGGGCUGAAGCUCGGCCCCGCGCUGAAGAUCCGCUCACAGGUCGCCAAGAGAGUGGGCAGAGUGCUGUACAUGGCAGGCUUCCCCAUGGCUUUCCCUCUGCAACCCCCCGGUUUGCGGCCUCCGGAGCGGGACCUGCCCCCCGCCGACCUGCGGCCGUCCUCCACGGGCAGCGUGGCCUCGCCCUUCAGCAGCGGGCUGCCCUCGGCCAGCCGCAUCUCACCAAAGCAGGAGAACGGCAACCCCGCCAUCCUCGCCGGGCUCAACGACACCACGAAACCUCCCUCCUAACUGCAGGCCAGCUCGGGGCUGCUGCUGGAACUGAGCUUCAGUUGGGGAAACCGAAGGGCAACGCGGCACGAGAGCAGGAGAGCCUCAGUGCGAGACACGGGAGCGAGGAAGGGAGGGUUUUA